AAUGAAAUGUCUGUGGUGUGUGUGAUAGCUUAUUUGAAGUUAAAUUACAUUAGUCACUGUAGAACAAGUGCUCACUUGCUUACUAUGCGUGGAGAGACCUUUUUUUAUUUGGCUUGCAGGAAUGCAGUACUUGUCUCAAUUUAAGCCGCCUUUCCCAUGUUUAGAAUGAAUUGGGCAGGUAUGUGAUGAGGUGAAAAUGGCUUGAAAAACGGGUGGCAUUGAGGCCAUCAAUCAGAUUAGUUUGACAGCUCCUCCCCAGUGUAGUCUGUGGAGGGAGACAAAGUUCCCUUUCAAAAAAAACUGUAGCUUUCACUUUGUGAGGAACUCCGUGAAGGAUUGCUGUGUAUUUCUGUACUACUGCAAGGAGCCAAUAUGUGAAUACUCAGGAGAAAAAUGCUGUGAUCAACUCGAGCUUUUCAAGUGAGGAGCCACACAGUAAAGAAGAGGACAUUGGUCUUUCAUGCCUAUACACAAGAAUUCAGAUGGGAUUAGAGUCCAAAUGGAGUUCCAGCAGCGGUCUAAGGAUCUUCACUAAAAGGAUGCCUAGUUAUUGUUACUUAGUCUGCUGGGCCAUGUUAACCAUGGCAGCACUAGCUGUAGCAAGGCCACAGUUUAAGUCUGCUGAUAAUGGUGCAUCAGAAACUGAAGAGCCUCCAUCAAACUACCAAAUCUCUCAACCUGAAGUGCACACGCAUCCUGGAGGUUUGCUUCAGUUGCAAUGUCCAUUGAAAGAGGAUGUACAGAGCAUCAGUUGGACUAAAGAUGGGGAACAGUUGGGGCACAGCAAUAAGACUUACUUAAUCAGAGAGUACUUGCAGAUUAGUGAUGCCACACAUGAGGAUUCGGGCCUCUAUGCUUGUACUGCAAUUAGACCAAUAGGCAGUGAUACCGUGUACUUCGUUGUAAACAUUACAGAUGCCAUUUCCUCAGGGGACGAUGAAGAGGACAAUGAUGGGUCAGAAGAGACAGCCAGUGAUAGUAACAAGAUAAGUCCCCCAUACUGGACACAACCUAAUAAGAUGGAAAAGCAGUUGCAUGCAGUACCGGCAGCCAACACUGUAAAAUUCCGCUGUCCAGCAGCAGGAAACCCAAAGCCAACUAUGCGAUGGUUAAAAAAUGGCCGAGAGUUCAAACCAGAAUAUCGAAUGGGUUCAUAUAAGAUUCGGCCUCAGCAUUGGAGCCUCAUUAUGGAAAGUGCUGUUCCAUCCGAUAAAGGAAACUAUACAUGCGUGAUAGAAAAUAUCUAUGGGUCCAUAAAUCAUACCUAUCACCUAGAUGUAGUCGAGCGGUCACCACACAGACCUAUCCUGCAAGCGGGGUUACCGGCUAAUAAAACUGUAUUGGUGGGGAGCGACGUGGAGUUUGUGUGCAAAGUGUUCAGUGAUGCCCAACCCCACAUACAGUGGCUGAAGCAUGUUGAAAAGAAUGGCAGCAGAUAUGGUCCAGAUGGAUCCCCUUACGUCAAUGUCUUAAAGCAUUCGGGGAUAAAUAGUUCCAAUGCAGAAGUGCUGAAUCUAUACAAUGUGACUGAGGCGGACAGUGGAGAAUAUAUAUGUAAGGUCUCCAAUUAUAUUGGAGCUGUCAAUCAGUCUGCUUGGCUCACUGUCGCUCAAUUCUCCCCAAAAGUUCCUGAAGACAAACCAAAAGGGUUGACCUCUCCUGACUAUCUGGAAAUAGCUAUCUAUUGCAUUGGUGUUUUUGUUAUCGCUUGUAUGGUGGUGACGGUUAUUAUUUGCCGGAUGAAGAGCACAACAAAGAAGCCAGAUUUCAAUGCCCAGCCGACAGUGCACAAACUGACCAAACGCAUCCCUCUGCGCAGACAGGUAACAGUUUCUGCGGACUCUAGCUCCUCCAUGAGUUCCAAUACUCCUUUGGUGCGGAUCACUACAAGACUCUCAUCUACAGAUGCACCAGUGCUAGCUGGAGUUUCAGAAUAUGAACUUCCAGAAGAUCCAAAAUGGGAGUUUUCACGGGACAAGCUGACACUUGGAAAACCUCUUGGGGAAGGCUGCUUUGGGCAAGUUGUGAUGGCAGAAGCUGUAGGAGUUGACAAAGAUAAACCUAAAGAACCAAUCACUGUGGCUGUGAAGAUGCUGAAAGAUGAUGCCACAGAAAAAGAUCUCUCGGAUCUUGUUUCUGAGAUGGAAAUGAUGAAAAUGAUUGGAAAGCACAAGAAUAUAAUCAACUUGCUAGGAGCCUGCACGCAAGAUGGUCCAUUGUAUGUCAUUGUAGAAUUCACAGCCAAAGGCAACCUGCGUGAGUACCUCCGUGCAAGGCGGCCCCCUGGUAUGGAAUAUAAUUUUGAUGUAAACCGUGUAUCUGAUGAACAGUUAACAUUCAAGGACCUUGUAUCCUGCACUUAUCAAGUGGCAAGGGGCAUGGAAUACUUGGCUUCACAAAAGUGCAUUCACCGAGACUUGGCAGCUCGAAAUGUUCUUGUUACAGAAAAUAAUGUAAUGAAAAUAGCAGAUUUUGGACUAGCUCGAGAUGUCCACAAUAUUGACUACUACAAAAAGACAACGAAUGGUCGACUGCCAGUGAAAUGGAUGGCUCCAGAAGCUCUUUUUGACAGAGUCUACACUCAUCAAAGUGAUGUAUGGUCAUUCGGUGUGCUGAUGUGGGAAAUAUUUACCCUGGGAGGAUCACCAUACCCAGGCAUUCCAGUUGAAGAACUUUUCAAACUUCUCAAGGAAGGCCACAGGAUGGACAAACCAGCCAACUGUACCACUGACCUGUACAUGAUGAUGCGUGAUUGCUGGCAUGCUAUUCCUUCACAAAGACCAACUUUUAAACAGCUAGUUGAAGAUUUGGACCGAAUUCUCACAUUAACAUCCAGUGCGGACUAUUUGGACCUCUCUGCACCUCUAGAACAAUAUUCACCCAGUUAUCCUGAUACAAGAAGUUCUUGCUCAUCGGGAGACGACUCUGUAUUCUCUGAUCCUAUGCCCAGUGAGCCAUGUCUUUCAAAAUAUCAACCGCACAUGAAUGGCACCGUUAAAACAUGAAUGAAAAAGCCACCAUUUGCCAAAUUGACUUUAAAUAUGGCCUUUCCUGUUUCAAACAUAUCUACGUGGAACUUGGGGGCUCCAGAAUGGAAUGUUUGUUCGGUAUGGUUAUAGCAGAAACAAUGCAACAUAAGGACUGGAACAGAAUGUUCAUGGAGAAAAUGUGCAGCCAAAUAUAUUUUGUUGCUAAGGAAGACAGAAUAAGUCUUAAGACCGACAUUUUGCUUUGGUGACGAGGCCAAUUUUCAUUCCAUUGCUGUUUGGACUUUAGGCAAGACCUGAAGUAAGAAGUUUGCCUAGAUUGUUAAUUUUGUAAUAUUGGAAAAUUUAUCCAGCAUAGAACUUCAGAGUCAAAACAUGUGCUGGCUGUAAUGUAAAUAUACCCAAAUAUGUAUAAAUAUAUAUAUAUUAUAUAUAUUUACAGUGAAUUAUUUUUUGUAUGGAUAUAAAGGUGAGUCUAUUGCAAUCAGAGAUGAAAGCAAAUUUUGUUAGUUAAUCGCUUUUGAAAAAUGCUUCUGCAGCGAUUCCUAGCACUUCAGUUAUGAAACAUUUUCAAGACACUUAAAAUAUUCUUUGUUUUCAGGGAAUAAUAAUUUAUUUAACUGAUUUGGUAUUUAACAACAACAAUUAAAACAAUUAAUCUUUGAUGUUUCUUGUAUUUUGUGUAGCUUUUGCUAGACAGCAUAUAGACUGACCUGUAGAGCUCAAUGGAAUGGAUGUUUUCAUUGCGUUGUUUAAGUAGUUGACUGUCCAAAAACUUAUGGUAGGAAGCUGCAGAUAGAGUUUCAGUUGAGGGUCUUAUUAAUAUUUUCAAAUUGUGCCAUGUACUGGAUUUAAACACAAGCUAACAUACAAACUUAGCAGUCCAUUAGAAAAUUACUUGUGAUGUUGUUUUGGGUAUGAUGCAUGCUAAUGGUGAACCCCCUUGCUGUCAAGGGGGUGACAAGAGUAACUUCAUUCUUUCCUCAACCACAACAUUGUGCUUUCUAUUGGCCCUUUCUUCGCCGAAAUGUGUACAUAAAUGUUGAUGAUGGUGGUGUAUUGAGAGGGGUGAAGAUUCAUGUCCAUUUAUUUCCUUAAUGCCACUGUUGCUAGCAUCCCCAGAUACAGCUUUGUAAUGGUGGCAGUGACAGUAAGCUGCCAACGUUCUUUAGUGGAGGAGAGCCAAGUAAAUGUUGCCCUUCACUCCCUAUAUGCUCCAAAGGCUUCUCCGAAGUCCUUCUUUCCUGUUCAUGUUACUUUAAUUGACUGGCUAUCUUCUCACAUGCUGUGAUGGGUACCCUGUUGCAGCAAUUCCAUGAUUCUCCUUUUUAUCAAUAGCAUGACCUGCAGUGGUGUUGGAGCAGGAAAUUGCCUUAAUUGACCUGAAUGUACUUGAUUUGACCCUAACAAUACUGGGUUAAGGGAAUUGACAGGUGCAUUGCUGUAGACUUAGAUUCCUUUUGGUCCUGUUUGGCGUAUUAGAUCCUGUUAGCAACAACAAAUCUGAAAGUUUUAUUUGAGUAGUUGUACAAUGAGCCAUUUUUUUAAAAUGGUAAAUUACAAUUAGAAUUUUUUUAACAUUAACACAAGCUGAAUGUGUACUUUCUGAGACAUGCAAAGUUACUUUAUCUAUGUAUUUUUGAUGUAGAUGAUCUAAUGUCUGCUUAUGCAACCUAGAUUCUGGUGGAGAAAAACUGCUUUAUUCACUAAAAUAAGGUCCAAAACUAGUCCCUUUUGAAACUCUUAACCACAUUAUUAUGAACAGCUGCCAGAAACGGACACACACGUUGCGAACAUUUCAAGUCCAUUGUGAAGUAAGAUCAAAAUCCAUUUGACUUGAUAAAAUUUUGAAAACAAAAUAAUUUUGUGUAAUAUGACUGUGCUACUUUCUACAUCAGUAUUGCUUGUCAUUCUAUUCAAAUAGGUUUAAGAUGGAGACAUGUAAUGUCAUGUUUUAUUAAGUAUCAUUGAUAUGAAUGUUUGCAGCCAUUCAAAUGCCCUGAAUAAUUACUGCCAUAAUUUUCAGUAUUGUAAUAUCCCAAGAAAGAUACUUCUUAUUAAUUAGAAAUGUGUGCCCACUGUAUUACCUCCAAUAGUAAGCUUUCAAGUAGCACCACCAUGGCCAGUGAAGUAAGAAUACCUUUGUAGGUCAUCAGACAUUCAAGAACACAACACGUGACCUCAAUUGUCAGAAUUCACCUUCUUCUGUGUACUCAGGACCAAGCAUAAAUGUGCCCUUUUCAAAUGUCUUUACCAUCUAAAACAAAAUGUUUUUGAUCUUGCAUUCAUUUAUUAAAAUAAUAUACACUUGACUAAAGGAUAUUCUGCUAAUUAUUGGUGGGUAAGUGGGUCAGAUUUCUAGAAUGGUGUGAUUUAUCAUGCAAAAUAGACCUUAUUAAUUAGCUGUUUACUGCCCUGAAAAAUAUGCUUCUUGCUUUCUAACAUUAACCUAUGUUUGUCAAGAUUGGAAAAAUCUUUUGCAUUUUUUGAUUUUCUAAAUAAUAUGCAUUCAGCUUGAAUAAUCCUCAUUUGUGAUUGUUGUAAGUGUGACCUAUUUCUAGAUCAAGAUUUUAAAGUGCACUUUAGAAAAAAAAAGCCAACAGCUUUCCAAAUUCGAUCACCUUUGUCAGAAGAGUUAACUAUGUUACUGCAAAUUAUAGGUGUUGUCAUUUAGAUUAAAUGUGAGCCAGUUGAUAAAAUCUCAUACAUGACACAGCAUGUUACUUGUUCAGUUCGGCUACGAAACCUUGCCAGUUCAGUGAAAGCAAAACAUUACCAACUCAAGAUAAUGAUGGAUAUAAUCCAGCAUUUUCUUUCAAAUUAUUGUGUCAAAGUGGGAUUGAGGAGAAGAAACAACAAUGCGAGAUUUGUUUGCCUGAAUCAAGAACUAAUUAGAUGAUGUAAUAUGUUGUGAGGGGCAGGAAAUCAGCAAGACUAAACUGUAGAAUAGCUGCUUUGCUUCCAUGAGAAAGAGCUUUGUUCCCUCUUUUUUUUACAUUCCAGUACUUUUGUAUAUUUUUAUAAAGCAUUUACGAUCCUUUGUGUUAUAAUGUUCAGAUUUGUGCAUGAAAUUCAUAAUACAAUGUAUAUCUAAUUUAUUGAAUUUUUUUUUACAAAAAAUUUCUAUUUUGUUGUUACAAUUUUUCAAAUAAUUAAAAGCCUAGUUAAGGCUGUAAAUGAUUUGUUUAUAUUAAAGAUUUGCUUCUAUAUGAUACUUUCUUUUUCUCAAAUAAUGUUGGGCACACUUCUAUUAAGCAAAAAGAAAAUGUAACCAAAAACUUUUACCUAGUUUAAUUUGUCUUUAAAAGCCAAGAAUCACGCCCACUUAAUUUAAAUGUUUAUAGCUUUUCUUCCCAGGAGUGUUCUUGUAAAAUUGUUGACCAGCACAGAGGUAUUUAAAUGUUUUGUAUUUUGUUGAUGCUGAUAAUUUGAGAGAUCUUAAAGGAGACAAUAAAAUAUUCUAUGCCCACAGUGAAAAAUAGCAGCCUUUUGUAUUAAGUGUUUGGCCACUAAUAAAAAGCAAUAAAUCAAAACUUAGCUAUGUGUCAUCAAGCUGUUAUGUUUGAAACAGGUAAUUGCUUAGGAAUAUAAAUAUUGACUUUGUUUGAAUAUGGGUGUUAACCUCAUCAUUUGUACUCCACAAUAAGAAAAUGAUGGUGUUGAACACAAUAACUUUGUCCAUUCAAGUCCAAAAAGCAUUAAGUAUUUUCUAGGGUAUAUUUACAAAAUGUUACAAGUGGUAGAUUGACUUGUAUUACAAGUCAAAAGACUGUGGGGAUGAUUAUAAACUAGAGGUCACUGUAGUAAUUUGAAAGCAUAUGUUAGCACAACUAAAAGAAGAUUGUAAUUACCAUUUUGUUACAUCUUUACACCAUCGCAGCUCACCUAAUGUUGGAGUGUUUCAUGCAGUCACAUGAUAAUUUAGGUCAUCAAGUUCUGUUUGUUCACCAGGUCAGUUUCAUAAUGUAAAAUGAUUCUGGCUUCCCACACAAUCUGAAGUACAGGAUGUUAAGUGCAGUUUACAUACUGAUAGUAUGUUGUUGACAAGAAUUUUUUUAACCAUCGACCAAUAAAAAUUCUAUUAUCAGGAUAUCACCAGAUUUUAGAGUGGGUCUAUACCUAACUUGGGCCAAUUAUCCAACAAAUGCUUUCUAUUUUUGCCUGUUACUUUGAUGGCUGGUAUUCUGUCGCUGUAAACAAAUGGACAAUAAAGUAGAAAAUGUUCUACACUAUGA